AUGCCCCCAAAGGAUAACAAAAAAAAUUCAAGGUCCGACAAGGAGCUUCAGGAUGAUGAGCAACAGCUAAGUGACGAUAUUGUAAGAAUGAGCAUACGCCUCUCUGCCCUAAAGACGCAAUAUGCGGGGUGUCUUGAGGAGAUAUCGGUUUUGAAGCGGGAACAGAAGGAGUUGCAGUCUUCUUGUGCCAGUUGCGAAGACGACCUUCGUCUUGCUACGUCGAAUAGAGUAGACGUGUUGACCGAUUUUGCGCGUCAAUACAAAACUGAGGAGGAUGAAAAAAUACGCGCUUGUACAAAGUUGGAUGAGACUUUAAACCGUCUUGAGGAGGAAAAACUGAAGCUGACUGAGGAAGUCAAAAAGACGGAAACCGAAUAUGACGAUUCUAUCAAUGCGCUGAAGACCGAGCAUGAUUCUUUAUUGGCUCGUAUAGAGGAGAUGGAAAGGGAGUUUGGCGCUCUCAUGGAUGAUACACGUUCCAGAGUGCCCAUUGGCUGGACAGCAGCACCCAUUCAAUUCUCAGGAUUCUAG